ACGUUUUACCGAACACUGUCAAACAUUUUUCAUUUUUCCGAGCAAAAUGUCUUUCAAUCCUUUCCCCAUUGGUACCCAAUUGCAUGUGGAGACCUGCUUUGGUGAUACCAUUAUCGGCGAGGUGGUCACCUACGAGCACAGCGUCAAAAUGUUGAUUUUGAGGUCUCCGAACAAGGACAGUCAGACCAUUGUAAAUUUAGACUUUUGCAAGAAUUUGGAAAUAAUCCGCGAGGCCAAGGCAGCAGAGACGCUGAGCGAGCAACCCACUCGCCUCAAUUUGACGCGCUUGGAUCAGCGCCUGCGACAGACUGUGGAACAACGCGAGCAGUUGCUGCGCAGCCGCAACGAGAAUGCAACACCACGUGGCAUACAGUUGUAUAAUGUGCUCUCCAAGCACUUCGGCAACAGCGAGCUCUCCUGGAAGCAGAACGACAUAAUGGUGCUCCAGCAGGUGACUAUUGCGCCACCCUAUCGCACCUGCGAUGUCAGCAGCAAGAAGCCACUGCCGAAGCUCGUCAGCUACGUGCAACGUCUCGUAGAUAAAUUCAACGCACAGAACGUUGAGGUGCAGGAGCCGGGGCAGAACGAAUAGAGAAGGCAACGACACUGAUAUCUUCGGUCGGGACUCUUGGCAACGAAAUCAAAUCAAAUACACACAUAUGAACACAAUAUAUAUAUGCAUAUUUAUAUAUGUACGUCUGUAUAUCUAGUUGCCUGGCAAUUUGGUUGUCAACAAAUAAUAAGAAAACAUUUCCAAAUAUAUACG